AUGGGUUUGUGUGUCUGAGCAGAUGAUGAGAUGUUCUCUGAUAUCUACAAGAUCCGGGAGAUCGCGGAUGGGCUGUGCCUGGAGGUAGAGGGGAAGAUGGUCGGUAGGGCAGAGGGUAACAUUGAUGACUCGCUUAUUGGUGGAAAUGCCUCCGCUGAAGGCCCUGAGGGCGAAGGUACCGAAUGCACAGUAAUCACUGGUGUUGACAUUUUCGUGAAUCAUCACUUGCAGGAAACCAGCUUCACAACAGAAGCCGACAAGAAGUACAUCAAAGAUUACAUGAAAUCUAUCAAAGGGAAGCUUGAAGAACAGAGACCAGAAAGAGUAAAGCCUUUCAUGACAGGGGCUGCAGAACAAAUCAAGCACAUCCUUGCCAACUUCAAAAACUACCACUUCUUUAUUGGUGGAAACAUGAAUCCAGAUGGCAUGGUGCUCUGCUGGACUACCAUGAGGAUGGUGUGACUCCAUAUAUGAUUUUCUUUAAGGAUGG